UUUAGAUGGUACACCGGUCAUCAUGCGUCCUGAAAAAUGUCAAACCCGGUGUAGUAGUAACGCUGCUAUUCAAACACGGUGUGGGGUUUUAUCUUAGUAUUCAUUGUAACUCAAAUGCUCUUGUAGUUAAUUAGGUGCUCACACAGUGACAAUGGCCCGAGUUGUGAAAGUCUUACGGACUUUACGAAAUCACUGGAAAAAAUCGACAUUUGCUGUAUGUGUCCUGUCUUACGGUGGACACUGGCUGUACGGGAAGCACUGUGACCGUGUACUGCGCAGAGAGGCAUGCCAAGAGGCUAGGGAAUUUGGCCAGAAAUUAAUUGGACCCCAGGAGUCACUGCAAAAAGCCACAGUGAUCCUGAAUCCUGCAGCAUGCAAAGGCAAGGCCAACAGUCUGUUUGAAAAGAAUGCAGCCCCAAUUUUACAUCUAGCUGGCAUUGAAGUUAAAGUUAUAAAGACAGAUUAUGAAGGGCAAGCCAAAAAGCUAAUGGAUCUGAUGGAGCAGACGGACAUGUUAAUUGUUGCUGGAGGUGAUGGGACCCUGCAGGAGGUGGUAACUGGAUUGCUGCGCAGAGCUGAUGAGGCAGCAUUCAGCAAAACUCCGAUUGGCUUCAUUCCUCUGGGCACUCAGAACUCCCUGAGUCCAAGUUUGCAUAUAGUUACAGAUGACAAAGUAAAACGCAUCACUUCGGCAACGCUGUCUAUUCUAAAAGGGGAGACAGUGCCACUGGAUGUCCUUCAGAUUAAGAGUGAGAAGGAGCAGCCGGUCUUUGCUCUCUUAGGUUUACGCUGGGGUUCCUUCCGAGAUGCUGCGACCUCCAUUAGCAAAUAUUGGUAUCUUGGACCUUUAAAAACAAGAACAGCACAUUGGUUUAGUACAAUAAGGGAGUGGCCACAGGUUCAUCAGGCCUCUCUCUCAUACCUGCCUCCCAUCCCUCGACCCCCUGACCUGCCCGAGGUAAAGCCAGUGAGACCCAGUUUGCUAUUUCGCAUCUAUCUGAGACUUAAAAACUACUGGACUCCUCCAGCUAAAGAGCCUCUUGUAGAAGCAGAACCAGAGCAAUGGGAGUAUAAGCAGAUCUCAACAGUGGAGCUCACAAUCAGCACACAGAACAAGAAUCCAGUGAAAAGACGAACUGAUGAUUCCCUGUUGCUUUCUCUGGAACCAGAGACAAUUUCAGUUGGACAAUUCAUCACAGAAGGGACUAAAAAAGCAGAAAACCCACACAACUGUACAGAUCAGGCGCUUCAGAUAGAGGCAAGCGUAUGUCAACUGGGUUUGCCUCAGGGUGCCACAGGAGGGCGCUGGAUUUUUGACAUUGACAAUGAAGCAUUUGAGGCAAUGCCAGUGGAAGUGAAGGUUUUGCCACGGAAACUGAGAUUCUUCUGCAGCACUGAACGAAAAGAACAGCUGGCACAGAUGAACUGACCAAGAUCCUGUGCUGAAACACACAGUGGGGGGCGGUUUUGGACUCGGCUCUCUAAUUUAUCAGACCUCUAUCCAUAUAUCACAAAUGUUUCCUCCCUAGGUGCAUACAGCAUCGGAGCAAUAUUAUGACAAUGUAAUGUCACGAUACUCUGUAUUUGAUGUUUGAUUCAUUUCUAUGGACUUCAUGGCUUAAUGGAAUUACUCAUGUAUGUAAGAAAAUACAGAUUAUUCCAGACUUAAAUCAGUGUUCACCAGUGCACAUAGCAUGUAUGAAAUGUCUGACUUGUUGAACGCGAGUCUGAUGGAAGGAAGGAAGGAAGAGGACUCAACACUAUAGAUUAUAACAAACUGUUUAAAUGUGGACCAAGGAGCAUUUAAUAGGCAUAAAUAACAAGAAUUUGUUUUUAAACAAGAUUACAAUUGAUUAUGUAACAGACAUUACAUUAAAAAUAUGGUCUGUCUCA